UCACAUUCCUCAGUCUGAGUGAGAUCCCCCUUUCCAGGGCUGGCCGAUUCACCUGACUUGCUGACCUGUAAUCCUGUGGUUUGCCCCUCCCUCUUGGGGGCAGGGGCUGCACUGGCAGGACAGGUGUGGCUUCCACUUAAGGGUCCAGACACCUGCCUCCUUGGGCCAGCUCAGAUCACAACCUGCUGGGCAAAGGAGGAAAAGCCAGAGGAGCCAGACGCCUUAGAGGACCUGGAACACUGGUAACAGGACAGGGUGUUCUGCUCAGGCACGUGGCCACAGACAUCUACUUGGGAAGCUUGCGGUGUGAACAACAGACAGCUCCUGGAGAAUUCCACGGCUCUGGUGAAGUGAGCCCCGAGGAUGAGGCUGCUCACUUGGCUGAUUUUCCUGGCCUACUUCGGAGGUGCCAGGGCUGAACCAGGGAAGUUCUGGCACAUCGCUGACCUGCACCUUGACCCUGACUAUGAGGUAUCCAAAGACCCCUUCCAGGUGUGCCCAUCAGCCGGAUCCCAGCCAGUGCCCAACGCAGGCCCCUGGGGUGACUACCUCUGCGAUUCUCCCUGGGUCCUCAUCAACUCCUCCAUCUAUGCCAUGAAGGAGAUCGACCCGGAGCCAGACUUCAUUCUCUGGACUGGCGAUGACACACCUCAUGUGCCCGACGAGAAACUGGGAGAGGCAGCUGUACUAGAAAUUGUGGAACGCCUGACCAAGCUCAUCAGAGAGGUCUUUCCAGAUACUAACGUCUAUGCUGCUUUAGGAAAUCAUGACUUUCACCCCAAAAACCAGUUUCCAGUUGGAAGUAACAAGAUCUACAAUCAGAUAGCAGAACUAUGGAAACCCUGGCUUAGUAACGAGUCCGUCGCUCUCUUCAAAAAAGGUGCCUUCUACUCUGAGAAGCUGCCGGGUCCCAGCGGGUCUGGGCGAAUCGUGGUCCUCAACACCAAUCUAUACUACACCAGCAAUGCACUGACAGCAGACAUGGCGGACCCCGGCCAGCAGUUCCAGUGGCUGGAAGAUGUGUUGACCAAUGCAUCCAAAGCUGGGGACAUGGUGUACAUUGUUGGCCACGUGCCCCCGGGGUUCUUCGAAAAGACGGAAAACAAGGCAUGGUUCCGGGAGGGCUUCAACGAUAAGUACCUGAAGGUGGUGCAGAAGCAUCAUCGUGUCAUAGCAGGGCAGUUCUUCGGGCACCACCACACCGACAGCUUUCGGAUGCUCUAUGAUGAUGCAGGUGCCCCCAUAAGCGCCAUGUUCAUCACACCUGGAGUCACCCCAUGGAAAACCACAUUACCUGGAGUGAUUAAUGGGGCCAACAAUCCAGCCAUCCGGGUAUUCGAAUACGACCGAGCCACACUGAGCCUGAAGGACAUGGUGACUUACUUUAUGAACCUGAGCCAGGCGAAUGCUCUGGGGAAGCCGCGCUGGGAGCUCGAGUACCGGCUGACCGAGGCCUUCGGGGUGCCGGACGCCAGCGCCCGCUCCAUGGAGGCAGCGCUGGAUCGCAUUGCCAGCGACCAGGGCGCACUGCAGCGCUACUAUGCCUACAACUCGGUCAGCUACGAUGCUGGGAUCUGCGAUGAGGCCUGCAGUACGCAGCAUGUGUGUGCCAUGCGUCAGGUGGACUUCGAUGCCUACACUGCCUGCCUGUAUGCCUCGGGCACCGACCCCAUGCCCCAGCUCCCGCUGCUGCUGGCGGCCCUGCUGGGCCUGUGCACGCUAGCGCUGUGACCCACCGGGCUCACAUUCCUCCUGGUAAUGGGUAACGGGGAUAGCGCCCAGGACCAUCCAGAGCUGGGCUUUCUGCCAUUUCCUCUGCGCCUGCGGAGUGAACUUAAAUAGGACAACAGUUCAGGGAGUGAAGCCCCAGGAGCCUGCAGUGAUUCGUGAUCGCGCCAGUGCCCUCCAGCCUGGGCGACAGAGCCAGACCCUCUCCCAAAACAAACCAGAAACAGAAAUGAAGUCCCAAGACCCCCCCCAGAAGCACAUUUCUUUUGUGUUUUAUGUUUUAUUCACAAAACAAAGCUCAUUGUAGGUUUGA